AUGAGGAGAAGAAAGAAUGUCUUGGCUGUCUCAAGACUUCAUCUCACAAAUCAGAGCAAUGUAGACAUCUUGGCCGUGGUAGCAGGGGUGGUCUCAAGGAAUCACGGUUUGGCAAACAAUAACCUGGAAAGAAACCUGCUGCUUCUAAGCCGGCUGCUAGAGAUUCUUCAUCUUCCGAGGGUAUUUCAGAAUCUCAGAUUCAUCGGAAUAAGAUUUUGA